AUGGACGCCGGUGACGCUUACGUCUGGAAACGGUUGGGAGCAAUCCAGCACUUGGAUUUUCGCUUCAAAGGUCGUGAUGUUUCGCUGGAACGCGCCCUUGCUUCCAUCCUGCAGUCAUGCCACUUUGACGUAAGUCCGACAUUAGAAAUGCGUGACGAAGCUGGGAGAUGGAAUGAUCUAAUCUUUCAAGCGAUAAAGGCCACAGAAGAGAAGAGUCGGCCUGUUGGCACAUCUCUCAAAUAUAUCAAAGACUGUUUGGAAGAGAUAUCGCAUAGAUUGCGACAAUCGAUUCAAGGGGUAGUUAUAAGUUCUGACUUCCUUUCUUGUGAGCAAAUAAGUGAUUGGUGUGCUCCAAUUCCAUUGCAAAUGUCACUACUGGUAUCUGCGGUGCAAGUUAUACCAGUGGUAUCCUGGUUGGCAGGUCGCAACGCAGCAACGAAAAUAUCUGAAAUGGCUACCGAAUUUGGCGACUUGGCGUAUGAUGUUAGGGCUCUGAUCGUAUUACGAGCAAUAGGCGUCGAUUUCUCAGAAAAGGCGGGCGUGGGAUGUGCAGCACUGUUUUUGCAGUGCGUUCUUCCUAUGGUUCCGACGAAGCCAGGUUCGGGGCCAGGUAUAAAGGUAAUCAUCGACCAACCGAUUCAGAUAUUACCGGGAGACGUUGGCUGGUUAGAUCUUGCAGCGCGCUGCAUGGCCUCUCGGCCCUCGAACAAGAUGGCCCGGUACCGGCUAGAUAGCAGAAUUCCCUUUCUUGUACAUUUCUCACAUUCGAAAUCCGAGGAGCACAAAGACUCAGAACUGGUGAACACUUCGUUCAUUUUAGUGGGUUGGGUACGUGGGGAUUGGGUAGCAGCAGGGUUGCCAUCAAGCGGCCCGUUCAGAUACAGAACGACAGAUGAGUGUCACCAGGAUAUGGUAUCCAAGUGCACGAAACUCCUGGAGUGUGCCAAUUUUGCAAACCCGCCAUCUGAGCAGUUGAUCCAAUUAUAUGAGGAGCAUGGACCCUGUCAGCUGGCGAUCGUACUGCGAUUCAUGUUCAUCAGGGGCCUUCCACUUGCGCCGAAUUCACGCCGAGGGUUUCCGCGCGGAGUGGACGACUUUCGCCCCUUCUUCCACAUGAAGUACUACGAUAUGGUAGGUGCCUUGAAAUCUUUCCCGCAUAAAGCAUGUCAGACGUCAUAUAUGGCAGGUUUCUGCUCGUGUGAAAGGGAGGGCCCGUAUUCGAGGUCUUUCAUGCCUGUAGAGAAGUUGGAGUUGUAUUCGAACAGGAAAGAGAGACUAAGAGCUGCAGCAAAUCACAUAUUCAAAUGGAAACGGUUGGAGCGCAGGGCGACCGUUGGGUAUAAGGGGGUGUAUUACGUCGGAAAGCAUAUAUACCAGGUCCAUGCGUCAGUGUCGGAAAGUCGAGAGAGGACAUUGCAAGUGGCGCUCAUGGAAUACGUUAGUGCGGGGGGAACGAGGAGUGUCAGUGAGUCGAUCGACCUAGGGGCUGUGAAGGUGACGUCCACGAACCAGAUACUGGACGACAUGCAAGGACAACCAGUAUACUACGGCGACAGUUGGAAAACAUGCGUGGAGAGCGGUAAUGAAAUACUCUGGCGGCUGAUUUACAGGAUCGCCGGGGGAUACACCGCGGUGAAACCCGACUGGUCGAGCUGCUGGGCAACUGCACUUGAUGAGCAAGGGGUGGGGGUGGACUUUGUUCCGACUCUAUUUCUACUCAUGUCUGCGGGCAGAAUGGGAACAGUAUGGAGCAAGCUGCCGUACCCCAACGGAGCUCUGGCGACGGUGGCACGCGUUGAUGAGUUUGCACAUAUCAAAUUCCCGGUUAAGAAAGAGACAUUGGGGGGUGAGGAAGAGAAAUUCACGGGUAAGGAAGGGAUAGUCACUAGUACGGAAGGGACGGUAUGGGCAUUGUACGAUUUGCCAGUCGGCGGUACUGGUGUGCCAAUGGAUAGGUGCGGGACAUAAGGCAAUACGGGUGGUGGAUUGUUGGUGGAAUGAGCAACGGUUGGGGCAGCAAAGGUUGAGGGCGUGGUGGUGGGUGGUGCGAGGGUUGAAAGUCGCAACUUUGUCCUCUACUCUGUGGUGGCGUACAGAACAGUACGUACAGCACGGAGUUGAGGACUCGAGAGUUAUGAAAAGUGUAGUGUAGGCUGACCGAGAUGUUGUUGACGGUCCGGUCGGGCACGGUCGAUGGCACACCACGACAUGUAAAGUAUGGUAGAGGCAGGUGGGGGUGUUUUUGUGUCUGCAACGAAUAAAAUGUACCAAGGGCC